AUGAAAGUUCACCCAAUAACACCCAUCAAACGAAACUUAACCAUCCAACCACCACAAAUCACCACCACCAGCCACCGCCAAAAGAAACUCCGGCGACUCCCACAUAUCUUUGCCAAAGUUCUCGAACUUCCCUUUUAUUCCAACACCGAUGUUUCAAUCCAAGAAACCUCGGAAUCUUUAAGGUUUGUUGUCGACACAGAUGAUGAUAUUGGGCCUAAUAUUUCGGCCCAUAUGAUUGAGAUCUAUCCGGGUGUUACUAAGAUUGUUGUGGGUGGCAUUAAUUUUAGUAAUAUUAGUAAUCAUAGUAAUAGUGAUAAUAAUGAUAAUGUUGUUAAUAAUGAUUUCGACAUGAUUGAUGUAUGGAGGUUUAGGUUACCGGAUUAUACGCAACCGGAGCUUGCUACCGCGUCGUUUAGCGAUGGAGAACUUGUAGUAGUUGUGCCCAAAUUUGAAUAG